AUGUCAAUAUUGGAUUUAUCAGUAGCUCAACAAAAACCAUUAGAUUGGGCAGAUGAUGAAUAUUCUGAGUUAAUUACGUCUCCAAAUAUUGCUGAUGGAUCUGAAGAAAUUAAAACAAUUGUUGAAUAUUAUGUUGAAGAUGGAAAAAAGUUUAAAGUUACAAAAAAAGUUAAAUUUAUUGUUGUUAAAGAAAAAGAUAAUCCCUCAGUUGAAGAACGUAGAUAUUGGAAGAAGUUUGGUGUAGAAAAAGAUCGUGGUCCUGGACCAGAUCCAAGCACGACUAGUGUUGGUGAAGAUAUACUCUUUAAGUUUCAUGUAGGAUGGACAAAGAAUCUUUCUAAGAAUUUUGAGGAAGAUCGGUUGGUUAAUAAGAUAGUAAAAGACCCACUUAAAGAUAAAAAAGUGGCAUGUCGUCUAUGUAAAGGAGAUCAUUUUACUGCACGUUGUCCUUACAAAGAUACUCUUCAGCCUUUUGAUGAGAUGAAUAAUGUAGCAAAUGUGGGCAUUUCAAAUGGAUCUAUGGGAUCACCUGAGCUUAGCACAGAAACGACUGGACGAUAUAUUGUUCCUCAUUUAAGAACAAAGAGACCUGGUCCUGGAGAUUCUAUGUUUCGGCGCGAAAGAGAUGAACAUUUUACAGUUAGGGUUACAAAUGUUUCUGAAGAUGCUCAUGAAGAAGAUAUUCGUGAAUUAUUUGAAAGAUUUGGAAGGAUUUCUAGACUUUAUUUAGCUAAGGAUAAGGAUACUGGGCGAGGAAAGGGUUUUGCAUUUAUUAGUUAUUAUGAUAGAACGGAUGCUGCGAGAGCUAUUGAAAAAAUGGAUAAAUAUGGAUAUGAUAAUUUAAUAAUGAGGUGUGAAUUUUCAAAACCUAGAGAAUAA